AUGUAUUUUGACACGAGCUCAGUUCAGAAGGACGACUGCAUCUUUGAUGAUGAUGCUGUCAGCGUUGAGAGUGGGACCAAUGUGGAGCGUCCAGACACACCCACCAACACAGCCAACGCUCCAGGCAGGAAGAGCUGGGGCAAGGGCAAGUGGAAAUCAAAGAAGUGCAAAUACUCCUUCAAGUGCGUCAACAGCCUCAGGGAGGACCAUGGCCAGCCAUUAUUUGGGGUCCAGUUCAACUGGCACAGUAAAGAAGGGGACCCGCUGGUGUUUGCUACUGUUGGGAGCAACAGAGUAACCCUGUACGAGUGCCAUUCCCAAGGAGAGAUCCGACUCCUGCAGUCAUACGUGGAUGCUGAUGCAGAUGAGAACUUCUACACCUGCGCCUGGACCUUUGACACCAGUACAAGCCAUCCCCUCCUGGCCGUGGCGGGGUCACGUGGCAUCAUUCGGGUCAUCAACCACAUCACCAUGCAGUGUAUCAAGCACUAUGUGGGUCACGGGAACGCCAUCAAUGAGCUCAAGUUCCACCCCAGAGACCCCAACCUCCUGCUAUCCGUCAGCAAAGACCACGCCCUUCGUCUGUGGAACAUCCAAACAGACACACUGGUGGCCAUCUUUGGAGGUGUAGAGGGACAUAGAGAUGAAGUCCUCAGCGCAGACUUUGACCUGCUAGGUGAGAAGAUCAUGUCGUGUGGAAUGGACCACUCUCUGAAGCUCUGGACGAUCAACUCAGAGAGGAUGCAGAAAGCCAUUCACGGGUCCUAUGAAUACAACCCUUCCAAGACAAACAGGCCAUGGGUCUCUCAGAAGAUCCACUUCCCUGACUUCUCUACCAGAGACAUCCACAGGAACUAUGUGGACUGUGUACGCUGGCUGGGAGAUCUGAUUUUAUCCAAGUCGUGUGAGAACGCUAUCGUGUGUUGGAAACCAGGGAAGAUGGAGGACGAUAUUGACCGCAUCAAACCAAACGAGUCCAACGUGACAAUCCUGGGUCGCUUCGACUACAGCCAGUGUGACAUCUGGUACAUGCGUUUCUCCAUGGACUUCUGGCAGAAGAUGUUGGCUCUGGGAAACCAAGUGGGGAAACUGUACGUGUGGGACCUUGAGGUAGAGGACCCCCACAAAGCAAAGUGCACCAUCCUCACCCUCCCAAGAUGCACCUCUGCCAUCAGACAGACCAGCUUCAGCCGUGACAGCAGUAUCCUGAUUGCAGUCUGUGACGACGCCUCUAUCUGGCGCUGGGACCGCCUGCGAUGAAGACAACAUUGGCAACGAGCAACCUAUUCUAUUAUGACGGACCAGUCACUUUGCUGUCAAGAACCAGAAACAUUUUCCAGGGACACAUUUUCUGUGUAUAGUCUGCAUCAGAUCUGUCCAAUGGAGGUGUUGUUUAACAUCUCAGGAACCACUCCCAACAUGACAACGGUGCUACAGGUCUGCACAGAAAAAUGUGUGUCUGGAACCCACCAAUUAUUUUCCUUUUGUUUCCCUUCUCCGGGUUAUACUUAUACCAGCCCAUCCUUAUUAAAUCCAUGAGGGGGGUGAAAAGGUGCGCAAUUUGGGGAGAAGGGUGGAGAAUCAGACUACAACCCUGGAGCCCUUCAAGCUUUCUCUCCCCUUGCUAUUUAGUUCCCCUUUGCUUACUAUUCACUUUUUAAUGGGCUUUAAUAAAUGCUAUUUUUCUAAAGGCUUCUUGUCUCAUUCCGAGGUACUGAAGCUUGAAAACUCUAAGUAAAUAUAUGGUCCCCUAAGCCCAGGCCAUCUGAAUGCAUGGAGAAAAUGAGUAGCGGGACAGUUUGGGUGUUAACUGCCCCAAAAGUGCAUCUCAUGCACUAGAAAUGAAAGUUUUCAACAUGAAAAUAAAUGAAGCAUCUAGGAUCCGCGUGUAUGGGCAAGCUAAAUAUGUAUGGCAUAAAGUAGUGGUGAAAAGAGAAUUUUAAGAAACGUUUAAUAUUGGACAAACAUGUAGUAAUUGUUGCUAUAAAACGAUAUUUUCGUCUUCUGUGGAGGACCAUUCCUGGACAUUCUGGAGCAGAAAAUGAAGUCUUUGGUCUUCUCUGUCCAUGCCCCUUUAUCAUGGUUUUUAACACUGGUCUUGUCGAGACAACUCAAGUCUUCCAGAAAUUAGGGUUUUGAGCCAUGCGCCUCUGGAAGUUCUCAUACCUGGGGAGAAAGAUCAGAGGAGCACAUGACUUUAUGCUUUUGAUUUAGGAAGCACAUUCAGAUCGUUUGCAGCGUCCAUGCUUAACUGACUGAUUGAGAAAUUCCUCAAAUGUUAGUUUCCUUGUAGGCAGCCCAAUAACCACAGGUUCCUCAAACGUGGGUCAGGCAAAUUGAAAAUAAUUGAUUGGGUUAAUUCAAGCAGGUGUUUAAAUGGUCUGACUUUGAAUAGGACCAACAGGGAAUCAUUUUACCAUUUGAGGAUGGAACUGGCAGGGAUGAACAUUUCUGAGGGGUUUGGAGUCAUCUGCGACUGGGAAACGGCAAAAGACGAGGAGAAAUUAUACAAACUGUCCAGCAUCUUCUGAGUGAACUGAGGAGAGAGAGUUGAGUUGGUCAGCUGAGUGUGUAGGUGCUCUUAGCAACAUCAAAAUAAAAGUCCUGCACAUGUGCCACAUGUGGACAAAAAAGGAAUAACUUGUGAGGAUGUAUUUUGACACGAGGUAAGCAGAGAGGAAGUGGGUCUACAAUAGACCCAUGUUUGAGAAGUCUCAAUACCAUCCUUUAGAUAUGGUCUCAAAUACCCCCUGUCAUAAUGACCAACUGUUCUGCCCACUGACUGUUUGUGCAACCUAAUACAAUUGAACACAAUGCUAGUGUGCCUGUAGAAAGUCUACCCCCCCUUGGAUUUCUUCCCAUUUUGUGUUAAAGAUUCAUGAAAAAUAAGUGCCAAUAUACCAUAAUUUGUUAGAAACACCUCCGCAGCGAUUACAGCUGUGAGUCGUCUUGGGUAAGUCUGAGCUUUGUACACCUGUAUUGUGCAAUAUUUUCUCCUUUUCAAAAGUCAAACUCUGUCAAGGUGUUGGGGAUCAUGGCUAGACAGUAAGUCUUGCCAUAGAUUGUCUAGCAGAUUUAAGUCAACUGUAACUUGGCCACUCAGGAACAUUCACGGUCUUUUUGGUAAGAAACUCCAGUGUAGAUUUGGCCUUGUGUUGCAGGUUGUCCUGCUGAAAUGUGAAUUCCUCUCCCAGUGUCUGGUAUAAAGCAGACUGAAGCAUGUUUUCCUCUAGGAUUUUGCCUGUGCCUAGCUCCAUCCUGUUUCUUUUCAUCCUGAAAUACUCCCCAGUCUUUGCUGAUGUCAAUCAUUCCAUGAUGCAGCCACCAACCACCAUGCUUGAAGAUGAGGCAGCUACUCAGUGAUGUAUCAGAUUUGCCAAAAAGUGUCUUCCUUUGUUGUGUUUUUCUCUCUCUCAGUAUUACUUUAGUGCUUUGUCGCAUACAUGUGUAUGUUUUGGAA